UUGGAUAUAGCAGCGAGUGCGUUACCACUCGGAUUUGUUUCUGGUUUUUUUUUUUCUUGUGGGGGUGAAUGGAAGAUGGAAACCUUCUAGUCACACAACGGCGUGACGUUGUUCGAGCGACAACGCUGUGCUACACGUACACUGUGCACCCUUAACAGGCGCACUCAGCCGCCUCGUUACACUGCGGUCGUCUAGCGGCAGCCGCCAGCGUGACGCGAACUUCGCGCUGAUGCACUUUCGAGUUGAACACCUGUGCCAGAGGACGGAAGUAGGUCGCUUUGUACGCGCCCUGGCUUGCGGUGUGUGUGUGUGUGUGCGUGCGGGUCGUGCAGGAAACAGAGCGCGUUCCCAGGAUAAUUUCGGUCGCUGCCUGAAUCUCCUUCCUAUCCAGUAAUCAAUUUCGGACUCAACGACAACGACUAGACGCUUCCCCGGUGGACGAUCAAGGUCAGCCGAGCACAGAACGCGCACAGCCUCACCACACACUUUGCCCUUGGCAUAAUUCGGCACUGUACUUCGAGAAUCACACAACACCGUCUUGCACCCGGGGUCGGCAAUGGCCAGGGCAAUGGCCAUCUCCUCCGCCUGACACGCCUCUCGGACCCGAGCAGAAGGAAGGCCGUUGACUUCCAGCGCGUGUGCUGUCCGUUCUGUAGCAACCUGUUAGCGAAAAGCAACACAUGGGAGCAGUCGCCAGCUUCUUUGGCAAACUUGCCGCUUCAAUAAGACUCCUCUUCGAUCGGAUGAAGGAGACAUCGCGCCGACUGUCCAGUGCCGAUGAAGACGCGGACUCUUCGGAGGACGAAACCGAAGACAUCGUAAGUGAGUGCACGACCUCCGAAGAUUCGGGUGGCCAUGGCGAUUCGCAUGUUUCCUCAGCCAGACCGGGCGCGGAAGUACAUGCGUCGGAUUCGGCGGCAGCCGGCGACACCAAAGUGUUGAGCAGAACUCCCAGCUGCCGCUGCCCUCGAUCGGAGGCGCCGUUUUCCGCGCGGCGGCUAGUUCAGUCCGCUGGUUUGGCGAACGACGAAGUCCCAUGUAUCUGCUGCAGCGUCGAGGACACGGACUCGCUGGGCGAGCUUCAGGUCCAGCAGACGGCUUCGUACGGCAUCAACUCAGUGUCCGUUCAGAGCAGGCUCGAAUCUUCGGUGAUGACGAGCAUAUCUACGGGGCCUGUCACGAGGACUGUCCACGUCACAACGACGGUUUCGAGCGUGUCGCCCGUUGAGACGUUGCGCGGCGGUUUCUCGAGAAGGUGCAUCAAUUCAUUAACAACCGUGUGUGUUCCCCGUCUGGUCGACCGCUUCAACUGGCAGCCAGGCCGCGUCCACCACGGUAUCGUUCGCCAGCCGAGCAUUCGACGAAGAAGCGGCUCGUCUGUGGCUAAAAGUCAUUUGGCGUCGCAUUGCCUCUCGCACAACAGCAGCAACAGGGCAGAGCCUGAAUUGGACCUCACGUCUGAUGAACGUCGCAAUGCCUGUUCGAAUGAGUCGCUUCGUGUUUGUAACGAGGCAACCGUCACUGUGAAGGAACUGGCUGCUUCUCUGAAAGACCUCGAAGAAGACACCGACGAACCGAUACGCUUCUUCUUCACUGCACCGUCGCCGACGCUGGAGCACCCCUUCGUGGUUGGAGCCGCCCAGGCACUGGUGAAAGAGGGACAUUCUGUCGCCGAGGCCCCACCACCGUCUGCUAACUCGACUGAGGACGUUUGGAGGUGCUGCAGCAAACGUGAAGACACCGGAGGGUCGCCUAAUAAAUGUGACAGCCCCGUACCGAAAGUACCCGAGCGCCCGACAGACCUCCCCUCCAAAAAGCGCGCCCAGGAUGUCGGUCGGGUGACGACAGAAGUGCUGUCUUCCCUGUACGAGCCCUUCGUCUCAGUCCGUUCCGUUAUCCUUCGUCAAGCGUCCGAAGUUUGCUCCUGCAAAUAUUUCGGCGAUGUUCACCGCUUCAGGAGCCACUUCUUGCUGCCCGUCGCCCAUCUGCUCCGGCUGGUGAAAACAGAGGUGCAACAGAUGAAGGAAAAGGCAAUGUGCUCUCCUAGGCCGGAUAUAUUUAAAGCGCGCCCGGAGCCCGGAGCGUGCUGCGACAGCGGCUGCCCCGGCUGCCCUGGCCUGCAGAGCCACCAGGCGUGGCCGCUCUGCUUCAGCCGGCGGGUGGCGAUCCAGCUGUGCGAACUCGACUCCUCAGUGCUUCGACCCGGUGACUUCUACUUGGCAGCCGCCGUUGGACCCGAGGACCCAGCCCGAGUACCCGGCACGGCGAAACUGGUGCUCAAGUACCGCGACGACUUGGGCCACCUCUGUAGCAGAAGAAUCGAUGCGCACGACCUCGGGCGGCUCCUGGCCAUGGACUGGACGGCCUCGGGACAGGAGACGGACGAGCAGCUGGUGACUCUGCUCAAGCACCUGCUCGUCUCUGUCGAGCGGGGGCUCGAGAGGAUUGAGUGGGACUCUCUGCUGGCGGCCAACAAGACCUGGGCUUCUGGGCACCGCCUGGAAAACUGCCCCUGCAAGAACCACGCUUCGUUGCAGCAGCAGCAGCAGCCCGACGACGCGAACGACAGUGAAGGCCCAACGGGCCACGCCGAACCUGCCAAGGACCAGGCGACGGGCGGCCUUUGCCCAUGUUCCAAGAGCAGCAGCGGCUGUAGCGUCGACUCCGCCAGCCGUAGGACGAGCGCGUCCUCCGGAGUUGACCCAGGACCAUCGUCGAGCGACGAUUCUUCGUCCAGGGAAGGCUCCUGGGCCGGAAUGCUGCUUCCAGGUGAGUUAGAUGGCCUGUCUGCCCUCUUCCGCGAACGGACGUCACUGUCGAGGGAAGAGGAGCACGACGACGGCUACUGCGACAACAGCCUCGCCCAGCCGACCUCCAUGAGCCAGCUCGGACACAGGCUGCUGCUCUCCAGGGUCGCCUGUUUCCCAGGUGAGUGA